CAGUAAACACAAAACCAAAACAGAGCCGAGAAAACGUAGAACGCCAUACAUUUUCACUGAUAACACGCACCGUUGAUAGUGACGGCAAAGUGUUUCGCAUCUGAAUCACCCGGCUGGCAGUGAUUAAUAAUCGCCAUCCAGACAUUUAGAACAAACCAAAACAAAUCGACAGGCUCUGCCCGGCAUCCAAAAGUGAAUCAGCUUUCUAUACCUACGGUGUGAAACUUUGACCAGGAGGCACCGCCAGUGUGAUGGGCCAGCAGGUGUCCAGUUUACCGCAAAAGAUCCUACCGAACGACACGGUGGACUCGCUGCAGUUCGAGAUCAAGAAGCAGGCGCAAAUCUUCUCCGAGAUCGGCAGCCUCAGCUAUGAGGACUUCCAGAAAUGUUUGGCCGAUCUGAACAACUUAUCGCGCAAAUGUCUGGAUCCCAAUGGAAAACAGCUGGUCUUUGCCGUCAAAAAGGGCACCGACAGCAGCGUGCUCUGGAAAGGCACGGUGCGGAUUGCAUGCGUUAAAGUGGAUCCCAUCACCAAAAAAGUCGAAUGCUAUAAACUGCUCAAUUUGAAGCAGUUCCUGCAAGUAUUCCGCACUUUUCAGACCAAUCUGCACGCGAUGGUUACCGUCGAAACGCAGCGUAUCCGCAGUCCCACAUCCAGUCCGACCCAUUCCACUUCCACCUCGACCACCAACACAAACGGACGCAACGGAAGCUCAUCGAGUGGAACCGGCUCAUUCGAGCGGCCAGACCUGAGCCCACAAACACCAAAUUCUUUCGUAUUCCCUCAAGCUCACGUAACGACGGCAUCGAUUCUGAUGGAACAGGUCGAUGCCAUCAGUGGUGGCAACUGUGCCGGAUUCAGCUGUGCGGAUACAAGCGAUGGGGCAAUGGGAGGAGGCACCACCGAGAGCAAUGAAUGUUGCAUCUGUUUGGAACGAAAGCCGGAAGUGUCGCUCCCAUGCGCACACAGUUACUGUACACCAUGUAUCGAGCAGUGGAACAUACACCAAAAGAAGUGUCCCAUAUGUGACGAAGAGCUGGCCACCACCGAUGACACUUGGGUCCUGUCGGAGAUGCCCGAGGCGGAGGAGAUCAGCGAGGAGAUUUGUGUCACACUGAUGAAGUUGUCCGUUGAUGAGCGCAAAAAGUGAAUGGAUUUAUGUUGACUUGUUUGUUGCGUCUGAGAAUGAGUACCUGCGUACAAACGCGUUUGUAUUGCGAAUGUUAAUGGCCGAUAACGUUGGCUGCCAGCGGGCUAUUUUGAUUAUUGUAAUGAGCUGUGUAUAAGUAAAAUCUGAUCGAUUUAUUUUAGAACAUUAGUGUUUGAUAUUAUUAUUGUAUUAUUUAAUAAUGAAUUUGACAAUUUGACUUGAAGUCAGCUAAAACAUAAAAAUACUAAUCCUAAAAUUGUGUAAUGCAUCUUGUUUUACUCGUUCUGUAAAAUGAUUGGUCAUCUUAUCAGCUAAUGCUUGAAAGUUAAAUAUAUGCAUAACACACACA